GCCUUCCAUUCCACUCCACCGCAUAUUAUACGCGCCGCAAACAUUCUUCCUCCCUCGGGUCCUCCUCUUCUUCCCCAGCUACUCCCCGGUCCUCACAGUCGACUCUAAACCCUAGCGCCCGGAUCCCCACGCAGGAGGAGGAGAGGCAGGCCUCGCAUCCGAAAUUCCCGAAGAGCACCAUGAGCCGCCACCCGAGCACCAAGUGGGCGCAGAGGUCCGACAAGGUGUACUUGACCAUCGAGCUCCCCGACGCCAAGGAUGUGAAGCUCAACCUGAAGCCUGACGGCCAUUUCAACUUCUCAGCCAAGGGCUCUGACGGCAUGCAGUAUGAGCUUGACCUUGAGCUCUUCAGUGCUGUCAAUGCCGAGGAGAGCAAGGCGGCGGUCGCCCCGAGGACUAUAUGCUACCUUGUCAAGAAAGCCGAGAGCAACUGGUGGCCCAGGCUGCUUAAGAAGGAAGGCAAGCCACCUGUGUUCCUCAAGGUUGACUGGGAUAAGUGGCAAGAUGAGGACGAUGAAGAUGCUGAGCUUGGUGAUGACUUUGGUGGCAUGGACUUCUCGAAGCUGAACAUGGGAGGUGUUGACCGUGAUGAUUUUGAGGAUGAAGAUGAGGAUGAGGAUGAGGAUGAUGAUGAUAAUGUGGUUGACAGUGCUAACAAAGAGGAUGAAGACCCUGAAGCAGAAGGGAGCAAGGGAGAGGAAGCCCCAGCAGCCGCUGUGGGUGAAGCAAAGCCAUGAGAAACAUGGAGGCGGUCGCUAUCCAUGCCUUCUUUGUAAUGAUCAUCAUAUCUUUGUUUAGACCCUACGUAGAAUUUCUGGUGUAAACUCUUGAGAAUGGAUCACUGCUCCUGGAGUAAGGAAGUAGGUGUCAUGUUGGUAGUUUUUGGCUGAAACUCAGGGGCUAAUGUCAGUAUUUGACAGUGUUAUCUUAUAAUCGCUAGCUAUUCUGGAUUC